AGCCGAGCCGAGCCCGGCAGCAGCCCCCCGCCUCCCCCAGCUGCGGCGGAGCUGCGUGCGCCGCCCCGCGCUGAGCCGGGCGGAGCCGCGCUGAGCCCCGCCGGGCCGGGCCGGGCGCGCUGCGGCGGUGCGAGCCAUCGGCGCGGCUCGGCCCCCCCCUCCGCACCCCCCCGGCCCCCGGCGGCGAGGCGGGGGCCGCGGCCGCCCCGGCCAUGCCCCCCGGAGCCUGAGGCCCGCGGCCGCGGGGCGCCCGCAGCAUGCGGAGGAUCCGGCGGCUGGUGCAUCUGGUGCUGUUCUGCCCCCUCUCCAAGGGCCUGCAGAGUCGCCUCCCGGGCAUCAAGGUGAAAUACCUGCUGGUGGUGUGGCUGGGCAUCUUCGUGGGCAGCUGGGUGGCAUACAUGCAUUACUCGUCCUACUCUGAGCUCUGCCGUGGCCACGUCUGCCGGAUGAUAAUCUGUGACCAGUACAAGAAAGGAAUAAUUUCUGGCUCCACGUGCAAAGACCUGUGUGAGGAGCGCAGCCUCCUCUUCCAGCACUGCCUCUCCUCCUCUCCCACCCAGCAGGUUUACAGUGGGCUCUGGAGGGAGAGGGAGGUGAUCAUCAAAUGUGGCAUCGAAGAAGCCUUGAAGGCAGACAGCCACCCAGACUCUGUGCCCAGGAGGGACGUGGUCCUCUUUGACAAACCAACACGAGGGACAUCGAUGGAUGAGUUCAAAGAAAUGCUCCUCAACUUCCUGAAGUCCAAGCUGGGAGAUCAGCCUUCUCUGGCAGCCUUGGUGAGCCGGAUCAUCACCAUGGCAGAUGUGAACCGGGAUGGGAAAGUGUCUUUAGCAGAGGCCAAAUCCAUCUGGGCACUACUUCAGCUCAAUGAGUUUCUUCUCAUGCUCUCCUUGCAUGAGAAAGAACACACUUCCAAGCUGCUGGGGCACUGUGGGGACCUCUACGUCACCGAGAAGAUCCCUCACACCUCCCUCUAUGGCGUGGAUGUCCCCCCCUUCCUCCAGUCGCUGCUGCCUUCAGUCGUCCACCAAAUCAUCCACCAGUGGUUUGCACCAGCGUGGCCCCGGCGGGCAAAGAUCGCCAUUGGCCUUCUGGAGUUUGUGGAGGAGAUAUUCCACGGGACCUACGGGAACUUCUACAUCUGCGAGACCGGCUUUAAGAACGUGGGCUACAACGACAAAUAUGACUUCAAAAUGGUCAAUCUGAGGAAGGUGGCAACGGAGAUGACAAUCAGAGGUUUCCUCAAGGGACGUCACUGUGAGCAGAAUGUGGACUGCACCUACGGGAAGGACUGUAUGGCGACGUGUGACAAACUCAUGAAGCAGUGCAAAAGCGACAUGGUGCAGCCCAACCUGGCAAAGGUCUGCGGCUUGCUGCAGGACUACUUGCUGUACGGAGCACCGCUGGAGCUGAAGGAAGAGCUGCAGAAACAGCUCCGAACCUGCAUGACCCUCAGCGGCCUGGCCAGCCAGAUGGAGGUGCACCACUCCCUCGUGCUGAACAACCUCAAGACCUUGCUCUGGAAGAAGAUUUCAAACACCAAAUACUCCUAACAGGGGAAGCACGGCCCUGGAGUUUAGAAUCUGCAGUCUUGGAGUAAAGUCCAAGGGUUGAAGGCCUGUUUCUCCAUCCUCUCCCCCACAGGAAAAAUAGACCCUGCACAGGGAGUUCAGCGUAGCUGCAGCCCCUUCUCCUUCAUGGAAAACCAAGCAUCAUGACUUCCACCGCCCAGCAGGAUCAUCGACACAGUCGGCGAGAGUGUGCUGCGGAGCUGGGACACCAGGAGCCGGGCUGAACAGGCUCGAGGGAAGAAGAUGACACGGAAAGCGAUAAGGAAGUGGAGCCCAGCUGGAUGCAUCUAACUGUUUCUUGAUUAACAGGAAAGCAGUGCAGAGAGACGAGAAUGAAUCAUUCAUGCUGUACUUGUCACAUCUUCUUUUGAUGAACGUCUCUGAUGUAAAUAAAUAGCUUUUACGUGAA